AUGAUACCUGGCGCGAAACUAUUUACGUCUAUCAACCACACCGAGUACUCGCCAGUGACGCUGCGGCCCAUCAGCGUCAGCAUCGAGAGCAAGACACCCAACGGAUCGCCCGAGAUCGCCCUUGCGCAGCUGUCCAUCUGGGCCGCGUCGCAUUUUGAGAGGCUGCGGAGGCUUCGGGAUUUCAAGAGGCGGCAACAAGGUGAUGUCGCCACAGAGGCCUGCAUUCCCAUGGCGCUGCCGCUGCUGCUAGCAAUUGGGCCCGCUUGGAAGCUAUACUUUGCCGUCGACACCGAUCGUGAUAUUGUCAUUGUCGACGCCAUCGAGCUGGGUUGUACUGAUCAGCUAGUUGGAUGCUAUAAAGUCGUCGCCGCCUUGCGGGAACUGGCUCGCUGGACUGAAACGACGUUUCGCAGCUGGUUGCUCGAUAACGUGCUUCUAGGCGGGAUGUGA